GAUGCGCGCGCGAGGUUUGCUGAAUUUUCUCGUGUCAGCUUUUUAUCGAAAAAUAACUCUUUCUGUUAUUUGAGACGUGCCGGUGUGUUUACUGCGAUGGAAUUUAGCGUUCCGUGUUCUCUCGAGUCUUGAGUUUGGUUCUGCAAGGUGGUAUACGUAUCGCACUUUCCCUUCGUCAGUUUAACGCUAAGCGGCAUGAUGGUUAUUGAAAAGGUGCAUGGUCUUCAAGCGACCAGCUUGAGCCUCAACGAGAGGUUUACGCUGCUAGCGGCGGCAGCCCCGGACCGUGUGGUCUCGAGGCCGCGGCGGCGCCCGAGCGUCAACUCGUAUUUCAACGAGAACAACAUGAACCUGAGAAAUCAAAACUUUCUGGGGAGCGUUGCCGCCCGGCGUCUUGAAUUUGAGGCCAAGAGACAAGCACUGAGGCAGCGAUUGGGAACAUUACGUCGCUUCGGCAGCGAGAGCAGCCUGCCCGGCCUGCGACGCUACAACAGCUACAGCAACCUUAGCCAGGGCAGCUUCAAGCAGAGGCCGUCUUGGAGGCAGAAUGGGAAUCUGAGCCGCUCGACGUCUUUCGAAAACCUGUCGCAGGCCUGGCGCGGCUACCGCCGGCGCCGCGGCGUGUGGAGGGCUCGUGGUCGGUUCAGGGGCCGAGGCGGCUUCACGCGCGAUGUUUCUCGCUUCGCAGGCGCGGGCGGCGUGGGCACGCGCGGACGGACGCAGCGCGCGCGCGGCGGGGUCACACGUGCCAGGGGCAGGGGACGAGCUGGCAUACUCAAGAAUCAAACCCAGAAGCCGGUUCCCACGCGUGAAGAGUUAGACGAGCAGCUAGACCAGUACAUGGCGUGUUCGCGUGCCGCGCUCGACCACGAACUAGACGAAUACAUGAAGAACGCCAUGGAGCUCGAAUAA